AUGGCGAAGCUUUUCAUCGGUGGCCUCGCAUGGCACACAGAGGAAGCCACCUUGCGACAGAAGUUUGAAGAGUUUGGUGAAAUUGAGGAAGCGGUGGUCGUCAAGGAUCGCGACACUGGUCGCAGCCGGGGUUUCGGGUUCGUUCGCUAUACACAAGAGGCUGACGCUCAAAGCGCCAUUGCUGCCAUGAAUAACGUAGAAUUUGACGGGCGAACGAUUCGUGUCGACAAGGCCUCUGACAACGGGCCCCGUGGUGGCUUCGGUGGUGGUCGCGGUGGUUUCGGCGGUGGCCGGGGCGGCUACGGAGGUCCUAUGCCAUAUGGCGGGCCUAUGCCAGGAUAUCAAAUGCCUCCGCCCAAUAUGUAUGCGCCGGUUGCAUACGGUCGAGGAUACCCGCCUCAGGGAUAUGCCCCUGGACCUGCUGACCAAGGCUACGGAGGCCCUCAGUACGGAUAUGCUGAUCCCAACCAGCAACCUCAGCCUCAGCAGCCCCCUCAGCAGCCCCCUCAGCAAGGUGGACGAGGCUACUAA